AUGUUUGGCAAUCCACAACCAUAUCUAGAGACACAAAAAAAGAUCUUUAAUACCAAUGUAACGCCUGUCCUACUCUACGCAUGUGAAACGUGGAACCCAUCCAAUCGCGAACUGCAAACAAUGCAAGCUUUUGUGAAUCGUUGUCUGCGUAGAAUUCUGCGAAUAUUCUGGCCUAACAUCAUCACGAACAAUGAGUUGUGGGAAUGGACGCGGCAGUCGUCGAUUCGCUCAGAAAUUAAACGACGUAAAUGGCCCUGGCUUGGACAUACACUACGCAAACCACAAGAUGAUGUAACGAGACAAGGUACCGAAUGGACACCUCAAGGAAGCCGAAGGAGGGGUCGUCCAUCCAAAACCUGGCGCAGACUAGUGGAAAUAGAAGCAGCAGAGGCUGGUGUAUCCUAG